UUGGAGAGAGGAGAUGGACUGGCAAAAUAUCUCCAAGCCCACCUCCCGUGUCUCCAUCGACCUAGCCGCCUCCAUGCUCGUGCAUCCUCUCGCGUCAAUGGCGCCCAAACCUCCUCAUCUCGGAUCCCGUGGGACUGAGGUGUGGGCAUGGAGGCGAGCAUCCCUAGCGGCCGCGGCGACCUACAGGCAAAGGGUAACGGCGGCGGCGGCGCUUGAUUAGAUCUGCGGGAGAGAGAGAGAUGAUGAGAGGGAGAGAUAAGGAAGAAGAUGAGAGGGAGAGAGAGAGAGAGAGAGAGAGAGAGAGAGAGGAAAGGGGAGAGGAAGGGCUUCUACGUCACCGCUCUCUGGAUGCACGCCAUCCACCCGCGCACGCUCGCCACCAACCUCGCCGGCUUCGCCAGGUUCGGCUACCUCAAGGACCUCCCUGAGAUCCUCUAUCGUUUCCUCCACGACCCCCGCGAUGAGCGCAAGGACCAGGAUGACGUCACCGCGGCGGCCCCGGGGGCAAGAAAGGCAAGCGGCAAGCCACACUGCGUCGACGGCCUUGCCGCCACCGCGACUGAGGCCGCCAAGGCCCGGCGCGAGAAGGAGGCGGAGCACGCGCAGGCCGUGCUCGCGCGUUAUGACUCUGAUGAGGCCUUUCACAACCUCUACGACGGCGUCGCCAACCUCUUCGUCUGGUUGCUCAAGUCGGGCCUGGAGCACCUGCGCGCGGGCGACACGGCCAAGAUCGUGUUCGCCGCCAAGUGCGCUCGUCGUACGCAUGGGUCUCCUUUGCGCCAUGGGUGCCGCUGGGAUGGAGCAGCAGGCAUAGAAGAAAUCUACAGCCAAUUUCUCUUGGCUGCGCCAUCUUCCGCUGACAGCAACUCUACACAACAGCCUGCUAAGGUGCACCAGGAGAAGUCUGAUGAUAAGGCUGAAGCUCUUUCAUCUUCUGUUGAAGGAAAGAAUGAUAAGGAUGAUCAGGGGUAGAUGACCAAAAGAAAGGGAGAUGUGCUACUGGAAAGGGGGCUGGGACAGCAAAGAAAUCAAGGCAGUUACUACUCUGCGCCAUCUAUGCAGAGAUUAAUUACCUAUAGAAAAGAAUACCUUUAUCCUGAUAGGCAUGGAAACACCGCUUCACAUUGAGUGCAUCAUCGCUAAUCAGCUACUAUAGAGCAAUGGAUAUAGAAGAAAUAUGUAAACAGUUGUCCCUAGAAGAAAUAUGCAACAACUUAUUCAGGUUACUUAAUUAAUAAUGCCUCUAUAUCAUUACAUACACAUACUGAAUGUGCCUUUUGAGAGUGAUCUUCUGUCAGUACCUCACACUUAUCUUAUAUGCCAUUCCAACUAUCUGUUGCAGUGGAGAGCAAGGGACAUAUAAGAAAUCUCCAGGCAGCUUCGCUUAGAUGCAUCAUCUUCUGCUAGGACCUAGGAGUUAGCUUGAAGAACGACCUUCUCAGGAGACUGCAACUGACAUGCUGGAUGGUGAAUAACCAAAUUUGUGGACAAAGACAAAGAGUUCAUCGCAAGGGAUGGUGUUUAGGAUAUAUAUACACAAAAGAGGAAACUUUCUUUUGUACAGAACCAAAUUAUUUGAUGUAAUUGACCACUAUUUAUAAGAAAUGUUCAUCGUGUAUUAAGUACAUUUUAUUGUGUCACUUUUUUUUGAGGGGUAGCUUUAUUCAUCAAACACCACAAAGUGUGCAAUGGAGUUCAUCAAACCA